AUGGUCACACGUUACUCGCGCGCGGAAUGUGGUCACACCGCCAUCCGUCUCCACUUGCGACCUGCGACCAUCUACCCCACUAACCAAGAUGCGUGCUACGAUCCCACGACUCGCCCGGCUCGUCCCGAAAGCCUCCGUACCUCCUCAACAAGCGGAGGCCGGCGCCAACUACCCCUCCAACAUCCGUAUCGAGCCGCCGAAAGACAAGCGCGCCUUCCAGCACAUCAGGCCAGCGAGGAGAGAUGGGUUCUUGAAGUUAUUGAAGGAGCGGUAAAAACCGUGUUCUUGGUUUAG